GCCACAAAAAUGAAGAUGAGUUUUUCAUUGUCCUCGCUACAGCACUCUAACAGCAGCCUAGAGAGAGUUGAACAGACGGGGAUCAGAGUGGACCGACCAUACAACAGUCUAACUAAGAAGAGGAAAGAACCAAUGCAAGAACAAAGUACUAAAAACUACUCUGGCCUAGAAGACAGUAAAGAUGAUUUUUGGGCUGCCAUACGUACAAACUAUGAUUACAUAAUGGAUACAAAUCUUAUUGACACUUGUAAGGAAGCCAAUGGAGAGUUGGCUUGGGACGAAGGUGAUGUCUCACCGGUUUCCUGGGGAUUAAAAGAAGUCAGUUCUCAAUUCUCAGAGCUUUACUCAUGGUUGCAAGUUCUUCAAGAAUUAAUUUAUUCCAAAGAAGAAAAUCUCUUGAACAAAAGUCUACGUGUGGCCCAUACAGCGGAGUUGCGACGUAAGGCAUACCGAAGACGAUUAUUCAAUGAUCAAGCAGAAAAAUUAAUUGCUCGCUCUCCUUCUUUGAAGGAAGAAGUUGCUUGGCGAAUAGAUCAUUUAAAUGUCAAAUGGGAUCUUGUUGAACAAAUAAUGGCUCCAGUACCAAGAUGUGAUGAAAUGGAUAAUCAUGAUUUUUCUGCAGAUUUUGAACACGAGGUAAAAUGUUUAAGAAAGUGGUUACGUGAAAUGGAAGCUCGACUACAGCCACUCAAUUUUCGUGUUGAUUGGGGCAUAACAGAAAUUGAAGAAAAAGCUGUAGAGCAUAUGGUGUUGCAGAGAGAUAUCGAGGCUCAUGGACGUAUUGUAAACUCAGUAGUGAAACUGGGCGAACGAGUCGCUGGGCGGUUUCAACACUCAAAAGAGCUACUGACGGAUCAAAACUAUUACCAGCAGCGACAGCAAGCGCUUAGAAUAGCAGGCUCUCUCGAGCGUCGCUGGCAUCUCCUCUUCUUGCGCGCAUUAGAGUGGCAAUGUCACAUCGAGACACUUGCAGCACGAAUCCAUACUAAAUUGGUAGUGAGUCAUUGUAGCAGUGAUAGCGAUGACGAUGAACCUGUAACGAAGCAGCCGCGACUAAGUCGGCAAAUGUCCUUAAGUCGGUCUUCCUCAAUUACAUUACAAAACGAAAACUGCCACGGCUUGAUGAAACGCCGCUCUUUAAUCCGUGCAAGACGACAACUCAAAACAAAGACAAGACUUGAGGAAAUCUGUAUCGUCUCUAAUAGCAACUCCAAAGAGAGUAGUGAGUCCGUGGCUAUCAUCGAUCCAUCCUUCAAAUUUGAACUCUCGUCUGACAGCGACAUCCCAUCCGAGAACAGAUUUAUCGAUGAUGAAUCAUACUUUGAAGAUGAUUUUGAAGAUGACAUUUUUGGAUGUGUUUUGAGCAUCAAACCCGUUCGGUUCUUUGAUGAAACGAAAAAAUUUCCCAGAAAAAGACACUCUAGCAUUGGGUUUGGUGAUCAGGGCACAGAAGCGGACAUAGAAGAGGCCGAAUUAAGCGAGGAAGAAACAAAUGCAUCGGUGAAUAACACCGAAAAACAUCGAUUGAUGAUGAUUCAAAUGCCAGAUCCGAUACCAAUAACGACAGCCUUACCAAUUAACACGACCAUAAAUGAUAGCCCUAAGCGCCGCAAGACUGACAUCGACGAAGCGGCCCUUUUUAAUACUUCCAAUAGAAAAUCGAAAAAUUGCGCGACCUUUUACUUUAAACAUAUGGAUACGGAUUCAGAAAUUGACAGUAGUGAAAACAAUAAUACUACCUCAGACGAUCAUCAUUACCUUCAGCACCAAUUUCGACAGCCACCAACUGCUUACGAGUCUUCUGAAGAGGAGUGGACAUAUACCUCGACACGUAUGGAUGUCAAACAACAACAGCAGCUUCAGCAAAAAAAAAUCAAAUUACGCUUGGACUUUAAUACACUGAUGGUUACCGCAAAAACAAAGAAAAACGACAAUAACAUAGACAAUAAUAUCCAUAACGAUAAGGUUGCAGGCGUACUUAAUAAUAACAUCGAUGGUGAACCGCAACAAGAAGAGAAGAAAUAUUUGAAAGUCAAUAAUAGUGAUGACGAAUGUGCCACCAGUAAGGAUAGCAUUCAGAAGCUCAUUAGAGAAGUGGAGAAAUUAGUACGUGAGGACAGCAAAGAUAAACAUAAGGUGCCUUCGUUAAUUUUCGAUGAGGACAAGAAUCUGUUCAGUCCUCAAAAUCAUCGGGCUAAAUAUGCACGGAUCAAAGAGUGGCUUGCACUCAAUUCGACACUUUGCCGCGAAGGCAAAUAUACCUCACAGUAUUGUCUGCUGACGGCUUCGGAGACACUGGAUAGCUGUGAUGCAAGUGGCGAAUACACCACCGGCGAGUCUGAUCUAGAAAAGCAAUCAGAGACGUCCGAAGAAGACCUUCAAAGUAGCGUUGUGACCUGUCGUAGACUUGAUAAUCUUGGCAUUGUUUCACAAGCGACCUCCGCCGAGGUUCUAAAAGAGGAUCUAGAAGAAAAAGCAGAUGAGCUUAACCUUGUUUCUCUCAAUAACCAGCCUCUAGAUGUAAACACCUCAAGGGUGGUGCUACGCUCGAAACGUAAAACAACCAAUAGUCCACGACCCUGGAGCGUCUCUUGUAUCACGCAAAUUAGAAAGCGUGCAAGUCUCGAAACUAAAAAUAACGAUCCUAUCUCACAAUUCUCGAUAUCGGAAACCGCUCUGCACCAACUAAUUUCCACGUUGCCAACCAAGUCUGCAUCUCUCGAAGCAACAGAGUUGCAUGUACCUUUCAAUAAUUCAACAUCCACAUUAUUAGAAGAAACAAUAAUUAGUCAUGAUGCUCGCAUAGUGAGAAACAGCUCGCUUCGUCGCCGAAAAAAUAAAUUUCGUAAAAAACCCGUGAGUCGCAAGAGUGAAUCCGGUUCAGAUAGCAUGAAUUUAAAUAACCAACGUUCGGAUUUGUGUGAAGAUGUUAACGUCGGUAAUAACAUGCCACGUUCCAUGCGAAAAUCUAUUAGCAGUCGACAAACUCGCUCAACUCACACUACAACGACGAACAUGACCACCACGACGAUGACGACAACGACCACGACAACAAAAAUUAUGACUCUUGUAAAAUCGGGCUCAUUUUCGGGCUGUAACUUUCGGCAACAAAACAGUGAGUUCACGAUUAACAGUGACUCGCAAUCAAAUCACGCUAAUCUGCCUUGGUGCACCAUUGCAACAUCUUCCGAGUCGGAAGAGAACGAAGAACCAACCUUGGCCGGUAGACUCAUGCAUACAGAAUGCAUCGACAACAAUUAUAACGAAAGCGCUCUCAUCAGCAAACAAAUGCAUGCAACACACUUCAAUGCCGGCGACAGCGAUACCGAAAAAAACAGUUUGGGCAAUAAUUCCUUUUCCGACCAAGCUUGGGAUAAUUAUCAGGAAAAGUAUAUGAGCGAACCUUACAGUGAAGCGGUAGAUUUUGAAACAGCUAGACAUCUUCUUGAAUUUGGCGAUGAUUAUAGUAACUUUCUUGACAGUCAGUCUGAUUGCGCUUCAAGUUUAAGUGCAGUUCAUUAUAAGAGCAAUGUUACAUCAGAGGAUAGCGAUAGCGAUUCAGAAUUACAAAGAUUGGCGGAGACAUCUUGCAAUCAACUUCUGCUAUCGGAAAAUCAAUAUGGAUCCAUGGCUGAUAAUAGCUUCAGUGAACUCGCACGUGUUUGCCAUAAAAACAUAAAGUGCCUUCAAGCGAUAUCUGAGGCGAGUAACACAUCUCGUCAGAAUGAUAGACAUACUAAGCAAAUACAUGGCUUAACAGAACGAUGGGAAUCUCUUUCGCUUAGAGUAGAGGAGGCACAGAAGAUAAACGCUAUUCAUCACGAAAUGGCAACCAUGAAGUUGGAAUUCUGCACAGCAAUACAGAAACUUAUGUCUUAUCGAAUCGUUUUAGAUGAGUCGCACGUGAUCGAAAACCAUAUCAAUAAAAUUGAAAACGAACUGAUUCAUUUAAGAAAUCGCAAAGCUGCUAUGUUAGGGUUAAAUAUUACAACACAUCGCCUUAUUAUGGAUCUCAGUCAGCAGAUGUCGCCUACGAUUGCUGCCUUAAAAGACGAAGUUGCAGAAUUGUACAGACUUUGGGAUGAAGCAUUCCAAAAAGGAAAUCAACAACUGUGCACUUUACAAGCAGUUCAACAGUUUACAAUUCGGCUUAAAGAGCUUCAGUGUGCCUUACAGAGAGAUAAGGAUACUCUAGCAGUGUUAGAUGCAGCACUUAAAGCUGGAGCUACAAUUGAAGUAGCUUCAUCAGUACGAGAUGUUGCCCGAUUACUUUCGGAGAAACACGAAGUUACUGAUAAAAUUGUUGUUCCGGAUGAAAUAACUACAGAAGUAAAACCAAACAUGAACAAGAGCGACAAUACUGUGAAAUUACCCUUCAAUGGCUCUGUAGUUUGCUCAUUGGUUGGUCUCGAAGGUGGUUCUCUCUCAGAUAGUGGAAUCUCGGAUAGCGGCAGCGACCAAGAGCUAAGUGUGCGAGAGCGGCGUCUCGCCGUCCUACGCAAACUCACCCGAAGCCUUGAGUCUCAGCUCGUACUAGACUCAGACAACAAAGUUUUAAAUGAGCUCUGGCGACGUAUUGAGGAGACUGAAAGUGAACUACGGACACUUCAAAGACAAUGCCGCGAACUUAUCGUAAAGACAGCGGCAAGUGUCAAAUUUCGGUCAAAUGUAUGGCCAAACACUGCACCACAUUAUCACAUUCUAAGCAAACGCAAGAAGCAGCCACACCUAAAACCGAUUAUUCUAAAAUCGCCUGCACAACCAAGCAAUAUCUCGAGUAGUUCUAUUUUUACGGACGAUCAUGACAAUCCUAGUAUCUCACACAACUGGGUAUGGCGCAUACUACGCACCGCUCUACCGCUUCAACUAGCGUUAGUCGUGCUCCUAUGUGCGGCUUGUCUUCUGGAACCUCAUUGUUGCGAGGGCAGUAACUCUCUUAAUUUGUCACUAACACCGCAACUGCGCUACGUACGCGGCCCGCCACCCGUUUAAUUACUGACGACGCCUUAUUUUAGCAUUUGUUACUCGCCAAAGUACAAGAAAGUUUUGUGUAUCUUCGAGUUUGCUUUCUUUGCUCGCCUUCACGUGCCAUGAAAAAGUUUGUAUAUGGCUCUAGACAGUAUUGUUGGAAGUAUUAUUUCCGGAACAUUUGUCAUUUUAAAUCGGCGAGCAAUACUUCAAUUUUAUUUUAUCCUUUAAUUUUAAUGUAUUCGUACGUUCCAUGAAAGGCAGAGUAUGUUGCAAUUAGAAAUAGAUUAUUAACGUGCCUUGAAUAGACUGAAAGUACAGAUUGCAUUUUUAUGUAGUAAGUCAUGUAUAAGACACCCGAUUUUUUAAACAAAUAAUUUAUUAGUAAAAAGUCAAUGUAAAAAAGCGAAUUGGGC